AUGCUUCGAGAUCAACUUUUACAAAGCUCGAGUCUGAAUGCCGCUCUGCUGAAAAACCAUGGAAAUCAAGUUUCUUACCUCUUUACCUCCCAAGAAGCUCGUUUGCAAGAUUUAGAUUCAAUCUUUUCACUCGCCCAUAACGGCUUUCAGCUCCUCGCCACCUUGUCAAAGCAACUGGCAAAUUUUAAGACGCCACUAUUAUCACCUGCCGCAAAGCUUACAGACAGGACACACCUUUCUAAAGAGGAGAAUGAAGAUCUGGAUAGGACAAUAGAGGCCUUGCUUUUCGCCAUCUCACCAUUUCUAAUGGAGCAAGGUGCAUCGAAGAUCAUUGAGUGGCUGGUCAGGCGAUUUAGGGUCCAUGAGUUCAACGUGGAUGCUCUUCUGACAGUCUUCCUUCCAUUUCACUGCACGCCGCAGUUUAUCAAACUGAUUUCUCUUCUGCAUAUACCUGAUAGUUCGGUUUGGUCCUUCCUCCGAGUAUAUCAAAAAGCCUUGACUCCUUUGCCAUUCGAGAAGCUCAUUCAAGCAAUGAAGUCCAACACAUUCUUAUCAAAACACAUAUUUGACCUUAUGGGGAAAUACAUCGAAGAGAGGAGCGAACAUCGAGCAGCCAUCGGGUUUUAUUUGAAGGUCAACUUGCGUUACUUGUCAGAAACCAAACUAGACGAUCAAAUAAUCGGUAACAUUCUUUCGAGUACACUCGUGUCAAUAUCUACCGUCGAGUCCGUGGAUGCCGCGCUUUCUACUCAAGUAAAGCUUCAUUUAGAUGCACUAAAUUCAAUCCUCAUCUCCAUCACCCGUCUGAAGGCCCCUGUAGAAACGAGUAGUCUUCUCGUCAGCAUCUCGCUCAUUCUCAGACAUCAAGAGGGUAUAAAAGAAUUUCCUGUGGCUCUGGUCCAGUAUCUGGAGGCAAAACCCGAUAUUAUAGAUAGGAUCUCAGAGCCAGAGGAUUGGACAUUUCAUGCAUCCUUCCUUCGCCCAUGGGUCUCUAUGCUUUGCACUUGGCCAAAAAGAGAUAUAGGAGUCAAUCUAUUGAUCCAUCUUCUCCGUUCCAAGCGAUUUAAUCGCGACGCUUGUGUGGUUGUCUUAGAGACUAUGUUACAGUCGUACCAUUUGACUUCUGCUGAUGAUCGGGAGUGUUUCAUGCCAGUAUUCCGACACAUCAGCGGCACAUAUCCGGAGGUACUUCAUCAAGUCAUUGAGACAUUGCGAGGUUCAUAUCCAACGCUGAUAUCUCAAGAAGUGGACAGACUGAUGACGCAACGCUUUCAGAGACGAGGAUCACCAGACAGUAUAGAAACAUCCUUAGAAGCUGGCUUCCUGCUUGUAGCACACACUGAACCUUCCUCACGAGUUCGUGGCAUACGUUUAGUUCUAGAGGCAUAUAAAACUGCCGAUGGUGAAAUAAAGUCGCCUCUAUCUAGGCGCCUACAUGACAUGAUCCUUCUUAUGAUGGAGGAUACAGAUGUAGAAGUAUUACGGGCACUCCAUUUGGGCAUAGUGGACCUGAAAAAUCACGUAACAAGCGAGGAGAUGGUGAUCAAACUAGAGUCAGUGCUCCAAUCGCAAGUAACAGACAUUUCAGCGGAGAUACUCUCUGCGCAUGCUUCCAUUUUGGAAGAGAUUGUCACAGAUCAGGACAAAAGGACGGGUAGGAUUGGGAAAUUACUUUUCCCAUUCUUAAUCUUUACAAAAUCACAAUGUCGAAGGACUAUCUCGCUCUGGAAGGUAAUCCAGCAGUCAAAAAUGAGCGACGAUGCACUUUUGAAAGGUUGUGACCAACUGUUUCCACAACUUGAUUGGAAAACGCUAAAGGGAAAUGCGGAUAUAUUGGCCUCUUAUAAUGAAUCUCUGAUAUCUACAAUGACCUGUAUACCUUCGCGGUCGUCAACACGAUUGCUUGCUCUCAUUCUUCUUCACGGUCUUUUGGAUGCCGUGAAUGGAAAAAGGAAAUUUGAGCUGGGUAUCCGCCUCAUUCGUUUACUAGCAAAUGAAACGACGGGAAUAUUGAGUUUCAAUCAAAGGUCAUUGAUUGACGAG